AACACACGAGCCACCGGUCAGGCGGCGGCAGAAUACGGAACAGCGACACAACCGCUGGCUGAACGGCGCACACACACUCUCUCUGACACACACACGCAUGUAGUCAGCGGUUAGUUACCUGAACCUGUCCGCUCAUUAGUCUCGAACAUGACUGCGUUUGCUCCAAACUGCGCCACCGGCUGAGACUAGCUACUCUGCCUGGAAGUAAACUACCGAGACAAACCGCCGCACCUCCCCUCCCUCCCUCUCCUCCUCCGCGGCCGCGUUCAGCUCCUCACCUCCGGUAUCGGGUGUCUCAAUGGCGGACCCGACGGAACCAGCCCCGAGGAGCGUGGAGGAUGAGAAGACAGAGACUAUCAACGACGCAGAGCUGGCGCUGAAGGGGAUCAAUAUGCUCCUCAACAAUGGAUUCAAGGAGAGCGACGAGCUCUUCAGAUUGUACAGGAACCACAGUCCUUUGAUGAGUUUCGGAGCCAGUUUUGUGAGUUUUCUGAACGCCAUGAUGACAUUUGAGGAGGAGAAAAUGCAGAUGGCCUUUGAGGACCUCAAAGCUACAGAGAGACUGUGUGAGAGUGAAAACACUGGAGUCAUUGAGACCAUUAAAAACAAGAUCAAGAGGAGUAUGGACUCCCAGAGGUCGGGGGUGGCCGCAGUGGACCGACUCCAGAGGCAGAUCAUCAUCGCAGACUGCCAGGUUUACCUUGCAGUGCUGUCUUUCAUCAAACAAGAGCUGUCGUCGUACAUCAAAGGAGGCUGGAUCCUCCGCAAAGCUUGGAAGAUGUACAACAAAUGCUACAGCGACAUCACACACCUGCAGGAGGGCAGCAGAAGACGAGCCUCCGAACAGCAAGCACUGCCGCCUCCGUCUCUGUCCUCUGACAAGUCCGAGCACAGCCGCUCCUCUUCGCCCGGGCCGAGCCCAUCCCUGAGACUAGACGGCAUCAACCCCGAGGCGCUGGAUCGACUAAAAGGUUCGGUCAGCUUCGGUUACGGCCUCUUCCACCUCUGCAUCUCCAUGGUGCCGCCGCACCUCCUGAAGAUCGUCAACCUGCUGGGCUUCCCUGGCGACCGCCUUCAGGGCCUGUCAGCGCUCACGUACGCCAGUGAAAGUAAGGACAUGAAGGCCCCCUUAGCUACCCUGGCCCUCCUGUGGUACCACACAGUAGUGCAGCCUUUCUUUGCUCUGGACGGCACAGACACACAGGCAGGCCUGAUGGAAGCCAAGUCCAUCCUACAACAAAGGGAGGCCAUCUAUCCCAACUCCUCCCUCUUCAUGUUUUUCAAAGGCAGAGUCCAACGCCUCGAGUGCCAGAUCAGUAAUGCCUUGACGUCCUUCCGUGAUGCCUUAGAUCUGGCCUCUGACCAGAGGGAGAUUCAGCACGUGUGUUUAUAUGAAAUAGGUUGGUGCAGCAUGAUCGAACUGAACUACAGCGAAGCCUACAGGGCCUUUGAGCGACUGAAGACAGAGUCUCGCUGGUCCCAGUGCUACUACGCCUAUUUAACUGGAGUGUGCCAAGGAGCCACAGGUGAUCUGGAGGGAGCUGUCAGGGUUUUUAAGGAUGUUGAAAGGCUUUUCAAACGCAAAAAUAAUCAGAUCGAGUUGUUCUCCAUGAAGAGGGCUGAGAAGCUAAGGACCACCAGCCUGUCCAGAGAACUCUGCAUCCUGUCUGUGAUUGAGAUUCUUUACCUCUGGAAAGCUCUGCCCAACUGCUCCACCGCCAAGCUGCAGACGAUGACACAAGUCCUGCAGGGGAUUGACGAUGCCUCAUGUGCAGGCCUGAAAAACCUGCUUCUCGGUGCCAUUAACAGAUGUCUUCAUAAUACCAAAGAUGCCAUCCAGUAUUUCCAUCUGGCCGCGAGGGAUGAGGUCGGUCGUCUGAGCAACUCUUACGUGCAGCCCUACUCCUGCUAUGAGCUGGGCUGUGUGCUGCUCAACACCCCAGAGUCUGCAGGGAAGGGCAGAAUGCUGAUGCUUCAGGCUAAGGAGGACUACGCCGGCUAUGACUUUGAGAACAGGCUCCAUGUUCGCAUUCAUUCAGCUCUGGCCUCUAUGAGAGCUGCUGCAGCACAGCCUUGACAUUUCAUCUGCACCUCAGAAAGAACUGGAAGAAAUGUCUUUUUAAAAAGCCACAAAACCAUUCAAGUCAUCACUGUUAUAUUGUUUUAAUUUAUUUUCAUAUUCUGAGCCAGUGCAUCAUUUUAAAAUGUGUGCAAUAAACAGCAGCUGUUUUAAGGGAGAAUAGUUACAGAAGGUAUUAUGUUACUGUAUUUUAAAAUAAAUUAACUAAUCAGGUUUUUAUUGUUUACAUGGCUAAUCUCAAAACUAGAUUCUAGUCAAAUCUAUACAUUAAUUUUGAAAAGGGUUAGUGAAAUCGCUUCAGAGUUUUUCCUCUGAGUCAGGUCAAGUUAUGGCACAUAAACUAUUAACUGACAAAGCAGUUAAAAUUAAUGACUCAGCCAUCUCAGUGUUGGUUGUAAAGGCUUUGCUAAUCCAUAGGCAUGAGUACCAAACAGUGAUUGUUUUUUAGUGCAGCCCCCUUUUUUAAGCAGACUUGUUUUUAUCUGUGUAAAUAUGUCUUGCACACAGGUUUUAAUAGAUGUGCCAACAUCAUGUUGAGUGGCCCUAGAUACACAGUGCUACUCUUGGCUGUAAACUGGAUCUCAUUUAUAUUGUUUGUUUUAAGAUAAUAAAAUGGGCACUGUAAAA